AAUGGCGGCUUCGUUUUCCCUCCCUUUUUGAAACCCUCAAAAAACUCUGCUCUUCCCUCUCCUUCUUCUUCCUCUUCUUCCUCGAAACCCCCGGAAUCCUCCAGAAAUCUCCAUCCGGCGAAAUCGCCGAUCGACCUCGAGCUCUCGCCUGCUGAGAAGUUUUUGUUAGCCCCCCUCCGCCGGUCCGAUGAGGGAGUUCCACUCUCCCGAAACCCUAGGCCGCCUCGUUCCCUCCGGUUCCCUCCUCCCCCGCCGGAUCCUCGGCGGGGUCUCGCCGCCGUGUCCGCUCGGUCGCGAGCCUCCUCCUCCGGCGCUGAGCAGCGACGGCGAAUCGCCGGACGAGAUGGAGGCCGACGACCGCGGCUGGAGCCCGUACGCUUUCGAAGAGGAGGAGGAGGUUUCGCCAGAGGAGGACCGGCACGACUGCUAUAGGCGACGGGAGCGGGAGCGGGAGCUGAGUCGGUGGUCGCCGUGGUGUCCGCGGAGGCGCCUGAUCUGCGACGCCCUGCUUCUCCCGCCGCCCCCCGUCCGUGAGAUCGCGCCUUCAGGAGUUGGUGCGGGACUUAAUAAUUUGGGGUUCACAUGCUUUUUGAAUGCGGUACUGCAGUGUCUCACUCAUACCGUUCCUCUUGUCCAAGCGAUUCGCGGCUUUGACCAUGCCAAUCCGUGCGAUCGAGGCAAAGAGGGCUUCUGCGUUCUGUGCGUUCUGCGCGGCCACAUUGAACUUUGUAUAUCUACUUCUGGCAGGAUAAUCUCUCCAUUCCAAUUAGUCCACAAUCUGAACAAUAUAUCUUCUGAUUUUCAGAGGUAUCAACAGGAGGAUGCUCAUGAAUUCCAACAGGCCUUGUUGGAUAGACUCGAAAGGUGUUGUUUAGAUUCAAAAACAGGGGAUGAAAUGUCUACAAGAAGCAAUAUUGUGGAUCAGGUUUUUGGCGGCCGUCUCAUAAGCAAACUACAAUGUUGCAGUUGUGGACACUGCUCCUACACUUGCGAGCCCCUUAUUGACCUGAGUCUGGAGAUUGAACAUGUGGACAACCUUUCAGCUGCUCUAGAAUCUUUCACUAAUGUAGAGAAGAUUGAAGAUCCCGAGACAAAGUUCAGAUGCUCAAACUGCAAUCAAGAAGUGUCGAUGGAGAAGCAGCUUCUGCUGGAUGAGGAACCUUCAGUAGCUGUCCUCCAUCUGAAGCGCUUCAAGAGUGAUGGUUUCAAUGUUGAGAAGAUAGAUAAGCACGUGGAUUUUCCUUUAGAGCUUGACUUGCAGCCUUACACUGGUGGCAGUCAGGAUCAUAAUGUGGACUUCAAGUAUCAACUCUAUGCUAUUGUGGUGCAUAUUGGAAUUUCACCCACUUCUGGGCAUUAUUUUAGCUUUGUUAGGUCUUCUCCAGGGACAUGGCAUAGGUUUGAUGACGCCGAGGUCCAGAAGGUCCAGGAGGAUCUUGUUUUAGCUCAGGACGCCUACCUUCUAUUCUACACAAAGCAGGGCACGCCUUGGUUUUCUAGUUUGAUGGAGGCACAGAAACCACAUUUAAAUCCAGACUUGUCUGAUGCAUCACCCACAUCGGUGUUGGAUAAUGUGGAUGUACCUUGCACCUCAUCCCCUGGCACGGCUGAUACUGACAAGCCUGUAUUUUGUGAACCUUCUCGUGUUUCUGACGAAGAUGCCCCCUCGUAUCCUGCAAAUGGUUCUGGGAAUAAUGGCCUUGGCGAAGUUACAGGUGCUGUAGUAGCCACUUUUCCGUCGUUCCAUCACAACUCGGGAAAAAGUGAGGUGGUUAAUGACUUCGGAGAUGAUGUAGUCAUAUUUGAUGCUCCUUUGAGUUCUGAUGAGCGUAAUUGUCACAGUGAAACUUCAUUUAGUGGUAGGGGAGAAUCCACAACCCCCUCAGGUGGGAAAGUAUGUGAGCCUGAAAGUCAGGGUUUGGUGAACAAUGAUGGUUUUUGUCCUCUGACGCCCUUGCAUUCUCCAUCUCCCAGCCCCGCAUCUCCAGAUACUUAUGCCAGGAAAUCGUCAGGAGCAAGUGAUGGACACUCGCAUCUUCUGAAACCAAAUCGGUCGGCUUGUAAACAACAAUUGAGUAAAGCUUUGGACGAUCCAAAGCGAAGGGAAGCUAUUCGGUACAUAAGGAACAUGCCUUCUUCAAGGGGUCUUAGAUUUUACCAUGCUGUGCUUGGUCCGCGAAGUCCUGGUGUUUCGAAAAAGAAGAUUGACAGAAGUAGAAUGAGAGCAUCUCCAUGUAAAAGGACUAGCCCUCCGAGUGCUGGCCCCAGGUCUAGUCAUGUGCACUCCGUUGCAGCUCGAACUCGUUGAUAGCUUCGGUUGAGGAAUUUUGUGUGAGAGAUCUCUGACUUUUAAGGUGAUGGCAAGUGGGCAAGGACCUACUUUUCUUAUUAUUCUUUUGCUCUAUGUUCUGUUUUGUUAUGGAGACAGUAGGUUGCUCUAUAUGGCAUCUUAUGUAUAUGCUAACUGCUGCAUUGGAAAAUCAAAGUAGUUCAAGUUUCAAACUGCCAAUAACUUGCCUGUUCCUUUUCUUUAGUUGGAUAUCAUAGAG